UCACUUCUUCACUUCUUCUUCAAUAUAAUUAUACAGGCACAUGUAGCAAAGUUGAUUCUUGUUACUGCAUCACAGGCCUGGCAGGUUCAUGCCUUUCUUUCUUUUUCCCCUUCUUUUUCCCCCUUCUUUUUGUGAUCACACCAAACUCCACUCAAGAGACAAAGGCUAUUCCUCCCAAGGAUACCACGCCAAUAACUAUAUCAACGUCUAUAAAUAUCAUCCCUCCCUUGGUUCUUAACUUGGAUCUUGUCUGUAUUAACCGCCAUUGUUUAAGAAUGUCUAAAACUUUUCCAUCGUGGAGCCCAUGAGUUGUUCGCCUGAUUUUCAUCCGUUGAUAACAGGCGCGAUAACAAAUUCUUGGGUGAGGUUAGCGGGAACUGUCGAUCUGCCCGGUAUCCAGCUUUCCCUACCUGCUUUCAUCGCCAACUCGAAUCGCGAAUUACAAUAGCCUAUCUUCCUGUUGAGCAGGAUGAAUACCCGACAGGUUAUUGAUGAAUCUGUAGGGCCAUUUUCUCUCUCAGCAACUUUCAAUAAUGACAACUCCUGCUUUGCUGUGGGCCUAGACACCGGGUUUUGCGUUUUUAAUGCCAACCCAUGCGAGCUCAAGGUCUCAAGAGAUUUCAAUGCUGGCAUAGGCGUCGCGAUCAUGCUAGGGCAGUCGAACUACCUAGCAAUCGUCGGUGGUGGCAGACAGCCCAAGUUUCCCCAGAACAAGCUAGUGAUCUGGGACGAUGCGAAGCAAAAAGCUGUUAUUACCCUCGAGUUCCGCACCUCUGUCCUUGGCGUCCAACUAUCAAAAUCGCGCGUUGUCGUUGCUCUGCUAAACAGCAUCCAUAUUUUUGCAUUUUCGAAUCCCCCGCAAAAGCUGUCGGUCUUUGAGACAACAGAUAAUUCGCUAGGGCUGGCCUGUUUGGGCCAGAAAGUCCUUGCUUUCCCUGGUCGGUCUCCGGGCCAGGUCCAGAUCGUAGAGCUAGAAACGGGGAAUGUCAGCAUUAUACCUGCCCAUAGCACGCCAUUGCGCGCGAUGGCUCUCAGUCCCGAUGGAGAGGUACUUGCAACGGCAAGCGAAGCGGGCACUUUGAUACGAAUUUUUUCUACAAGCAACUGUACUAAAAUGGCCGAACUGCGACGCGGUGUUGACCAUGCCUUAAUAUUUUCACUCGCCAUUUCACCUUCGAAUAACCUAUUAGCUGUGACAUCUGACAAGUCUACUUUACAUAUUUUCGAUCUUCCGCAUCCUGUCCCAUACCGUAACCAGCCAGCGUCAUCAUCCGAAGAGGGUGUCAACCAAAAAUGGGGCAUUCUAGGCAAAAUCCCUCUGCUACCAAGGGUUUUCUCUGACGUUUAUUCUUUUGCAAGUGCGCACUUUGACUUGGGGGAGGGGACAGUUCCCGGGUCUGGAUUUGUCCCACCCCUUGGGAAUUCAUUGGGGCGACCUUUGAAGGGGAUAAUAGGAUGGUUUGAUGACCGAACCAUACUCGUGGUCGGUUCAGGAAGGGGUGGACGUUGGGAAAAGUUUGUUCUUCGUGAAGGAGAAGACGGGAAGAGACACUGUAUGCGAGAAGGCUGGAAGAGAUAUCUAGGGGGAAGCUGAAAUGAGAUAUCCCACGGAGUCCCGUGACGGAAAUACAUGACAGCAUGAGCACAUCCUGAAACAGGCAAUUCUCCCAAGGCAAGCGAGUCUUCAUCCAGCAGGGCCCAUUUAGAGCCACAAUAUCAGAGCAAGAGGUGAGUAAGAAUUAUAGGCCGGGAAUGGUCCGCAGCCAAGUGCGACAUGGUUUUGCUCCCAUUCGGCCGCUGUGGCUCCUUCCUUCUGUUCCCAGAUUUGGUCGGAUUUUUGGGCAUGCGGCUCAAAAUGGACCUUGGCAAUUGAUAUAAAAAACAAUCUGAAUUAGCAUAGCGUAGGAAUCGUUAGUCGUGCCAUAAUUGAUAUAUUUAUCGGUGACGAUCACGUCUCUCCCGAUUCCGGUCCCUGCGAGGCUCUGGAGAUCGAGAGCCCUCCGGU